CAUAAUCAUAAUAAUUGCACAGAAGAAUACGUUACACGCACACAUACAUACACUCCCAACUCAACCACCUAACACACAUUCUCUCUCUCUUCCCCUGUCGUCUCCUUCACAAUCACAUGACUCGUCCGUUCCGGUUCCUCGGCGAGGCCAGCUCUUCCAACGCCACUGCGACCGAUUCCUUCGACUCGGUCACUGUCAACUCCGACUUCGUGGUGAUCCUCGCUGCCCUCCUCUGCGCCCUCAUCUGCGUCCUAGGCCUUGUCGCCGUCGCUCGCUGCGCCUGGCUCCGACGCUUGUCCACCUCUCGAGCUAUCACCUCCGCCAACGCCUCGUCUUCCCCUGAAACCGAAACGGCGUCGUCGACUACUCCAUCUUCGACGGUGGCGGCGGCUUCUUUGGCCAACAAAGGCCUCAAGAAGAAGAUCCUCAAGUCCCUCCCGAAGUUCCCCUUCACCGCCGAGUCCGCCGCUAAGUUCUCCUCCUCCGAAUGCGCGAUCUGUCUGUCCGAGUUCGCCCCCGGCGACGAGAUCCUCGUGCUGCCUCAGUGCCGCCACGCCUUCCACGUGGGGUGCAUCGAGACGUGGCUCGGGUCCCACUCCACUUGCCCCUCCUGCCGCCAGAUCUUGCUGGUCGCCAGGUGUCAUAAGUGCGGUGUACCUCAAGCCGAGGCCAGAUUCAAGGAGCGAGUAGACGAUGCCAAUAGGUUCUUGCCUUAAUACUAAUUUGGGUUUUUAAAGCUCAGAUUACUAAUAAUAAUAUGAAUAUAUUCCAGGAUUUUAGGACUUAGCAAACGAAAAUCAUCAAGAUGAUUUCUCUGUAUUUGAUAAUUUGAUUCGCGUCUAUGCAUUUCAUGUACUCCUAUGGUGUAUAUGAGGGUUUCAACUUUC